AUGGGGCGUGUGGUUGGCUCAGUGUUUCAGUCUGAGGGGGUUCAUAAGUGGGAAGACCAAGAUGAUCUCCGUUUGAAGGAAGAAGGGGUGGAACGGAAGCGUACGAGCGAGGCGUCGACCGGAAUUUAUGACGCCACGUUGAGCGAUACACACACUGGCUAUGCUGAGCGUAUCCUGCAACGGACGAAGCGUGACAGUGUGGAUGGCGUUAGGGAACAUUGGAACGAAGUGCAGUCCGAAAACGCGACCGGAAACGUGAACGAAAUCGCGACCGGAAACGUGGAGCCGUAUCGCAAAGAGCCGGAGCAACCGGUCCAAUGGCAGCAGCAUAAAACUUCCGACAGCCGGGUUCCGAAUAACAAGAUUGAGGAGCACGAGGUUCAGGAGAAUGGGAUAGGCAAAACCGUUCGAGGUCGGACCCAGAAGGGCGGGGCAGUCUCCGGUCGAAGAGUCCUUUCGGAGCUGACAUCCGCUGUCCCUUUGCGAGCUACCACCGGAGUGGAACAGUCCGCCGAAGAAGUAGAGAAGCCCGCAAGUGAGUCGGGACCCGGUGCAGGGGCGAGCUCUGAGAGGCUUUUGGCAAGGAUUUCCUCUACUGGUCCAGUUAGGAGACAAGUCGAAUGUGAGGUACAUGAGUCGGUAUCCGCCUUAACGGAAGGCUCCAGCCACGGUCCUGCCACGGUUCCUGAAGGACCUUUUUGCCUAGCUCCCCAGUUGAUUGCAAGCGAUCGGACCAACAACAGUGCUACAAAUAACAGUGCCACGAACUACAGUGCUGACAACAGCAGCGCUGUGAAUAGCAGUGCUGUGAAUAGCGCUGGUCCCAUGAAGAGAAGCAGCCCCGCGGUUAGCUCUACCCCAACGGAGAGUUGUAAUCUAACAAGCCAGGGUUUACGGAGCACCGACGGUUUACGGAGCACCGAGGGUUUACGGACCACCGACGGUUUACGGAGCACCGACGGUUUCUCGUCUGAUUUAACAGGUGGCGACCACCCGCUUGCUAGUGGAAAAUAUUCUUUACGAGAUCGGAAAGAAAGUUCUAGGGAGUCCGGACGUGGAGAUGGGCGUGGGCAUGGUGUGGAGUACGUAAGCGAGUUGACUACAGCUGGUGAGAUUGCGCAGGAGGAGAACGUGUACGUAGCAGGUUGGACAAAUGGGCCGUUGUCUGGGGAAGUGUCGGUUUCCGCCGUUCAGGAUUCCAGGGGUGUUCGAGAGACGAUAAUUAUUCAAGGGUCUGUUUCCUUGAAGGAGUGCAUAGGCGGAUGCGAGGAAGUGGGGGAAGUGAGUUCUUCAGACGGGAUGGGGACUAAUAGGAUGUCCUCAGGUUCUGGUGGGGUUCCCACGAGAUCACCAAACCUCUCUGCCCUCGAUUUGACCGAAGCCUUGGACACCACAGGUGGGUCACCGUCAGACCCUUCGUUUGACCUUCACUUGCCCUCAGAUCCUUCUAACCCUGACAUGUAUCCGUUGGGCUCCGACUUCUCUCCGCUUCUGGACGAGCCCAACAGUCGACGGAACGGUUCUGUGGUGGUGCCAAUUCCGUUAUCUCCUACGGCCCCCGAAAGUCGGAAGCAGUCCUCAUUGCCGACGAAUUUGCCAAUCAACGGACUGCCUGUGGACCAUUCGCCUAUCGACGAUUCGCCUAUCGACGAUUCGCCGAUAGACGAUUUGCCGAUAGACGAUUUGCCGAUCAACGGAUUGAUAAGCCCGCAGCGGGAUUGCCGAACCACCGAAGAACCAACAAGUCAGCUGCCCACAACUCAGUUAUCCGUCGAGAAGGGUAAAACCCCGACUAUACCAAGCAUGGGCUUGGUGAACUUUGUCCAGCUGGACGAACUCCUCCUGCGACUAAAGGAGACUCUCAGUCUGUGUCUGGAGUCACCAGACCUAGGUACAACCCAAAGACUCAGAGCGUCUACACCUCUACCUACAAGCAACCUCUCAGGCAUCAUUGAAUUGGUUAGUCAAUACGAACCCGGUGCUGAAUAUAUCGACCACCUCAAAGAUUUGGAAACCAAAGGCGGGUGGUACACACUACUCGGAUGCAUGACGGAGUUUUGGAGAGUUGCCAGAUUCCGAUGUAACAGCGGGUUGGGUGACUCCGUUCACUUUGUUCCCAUGAUGAAAGACAUUUGUCGGUGUCUUGAUAACCGACGGACUGCCAUAGCAAAGUGCGCGAUCAGUAUUAUUGAGGAGCUAUUUCACCAUUCCUGUGCAGCAACGGUAAGUGCCCACAGCUGUUACAACAGCUUGAUCAAGCAGGGUUGCCUCACAUUAUCGUACUUGCAGAAACGGGUCACAUUUACUUGUUGUGGUGCUUGCUUGUUAAAGAUGGCCAAUCACAACAAUUUGUUCAUGGUCAAGCUGGCGGAAGCGGCUCUGGAUCACAUUAUGGCCAACGGUGACGUGUUGAGCAUGCUCAAGGCCUUCAAUGCUGCACUACAGAAGGCCGCCACGGACAAGCAGAAAAUUCAGGUGUUGCGAUCAUUUACUAACUACGCGCGACGGCAAGAGGCGUUCGCCGAGGACCCCGCCACCCAGACAGAGUGGCUGCGGGCGAAGAAUCAUACUUCUAAGGUAAUCUUCCCCCGAGUGCCACACCCCUGUGCACCCUGUUAA